GAUAUAUUUCUGAGAAUGACAGUGCCAAAUCCUCAAGCGACCAUUGUCUUUGAAAUUGCUAAACUUUUCUUUACCUGAUCUAUGGCUACAAAUCUCAGCGAAGCAUUCUCACGGUCUCCAUUUCUCCUCUCUCUACGACAAUCACUGUACUCGUUGCCAGUGCGGCCUGAAUUUCUCGCCUCUUCUUCCUUCAAAUUUGUCAACCCGCGUAGUCAUGUCACCAACACAGAUAAGGUAGUCCAGGUUCUACCAGCCUCGGCAAUUGCUGGGCUGAGUGAUGAGAAUGUCCUGGCUUUGUUCUCUACAGGGUUCUUCGGGGGAUUCAUCUUUGGCUUCGAGAGAUUUAUCUUGCGGAUUGGAGGUUAUAACAUAUUGCCAUCUCGAUAUACAGGUUAGACUUUUCCUUUCAGUCAUCGAGUACUUAGGCUUUGAACGCCCAUCAGACGCUGUAACCAUUUGGAACAAAUCUGAUAUCCCUACAACCCAUCUUCUCCCAAAUGGUAGCAACCUAUUCGGCUCUUUUACCAUGUUGGACAAAUAUAUAGCCACAAACCCUUCAGAGCAAGAUGCCAGCUACGUCGAUUACGGCUUUGGAUCAGACGAGUCCAUAUUUGCUGGCUGCCAUAGGUUCCAAAUAACAAGAUUACCGACUCAAUCGGGGGCAGAAUCGCAAGUGCAGAUGGAACUGCUCCAUUUCAGAUGCAACCCGCAGAAAAAUAAACCGUCAAUUGCUGAAUAUAUUGAGCGGUUUCAUUAUGUCUACGCAAAGGCCUUGUUCGCGAAUGGGAUUCAGUAUGUGAUUACCCGGUAGGGACUACGCGUUUGAUACCAGCUGUAUCUUUACGAUUAGGUACAUGCUGUUGGUGGUGGGAAUGUACGAUAGAGACAUACUGAUAGAUAUAUAAAUAGACAGAUUCUCAUCUCUAAUAAGAACAUAAUAAUAUCCAAGGGUAUUCUAGCCCCAGGAUAUCAAAUUUAUCGUGU